AUUUUGGAGUAUAGUUCCUUUACAAUAUUGUGUUAGUUUCUACUGUACAGCAAAGUGAAUCAACUAUACGUAUACAUAUAUCCCCUCUUCUUUGGAUUUCCUUUCCAUUUAGGUCACCACAGAGCACUGAGUAGAGUUCCCUGAGCUAUACAGUAGGUGCUCAUUAGUUAUCUAUUUUAUACAUAGUAUCAAUAGUGUAUAUAUGUCAAUCCCAAUCCCCCAAUUCAUCCCAACCCCCACUUUAAUCAUUUUUAAGUGUACAGUUCAGUGGCAUUAAAUACAUUUGCACUGUUGUGCAACCAUCACCACCAUCCAUCUCCAGAUCUUUUUCAUCUUCCCAAACUGAAACGCUGCCCACUAAACACUAACUCCCCAUUUCCACUCCCCCCAGCCCCUGGCAACUACCAUUUGACUUUCUGUUUCUAUGAAUUUGACUACUCUAGGUACAACAUAUACGUGGAAUCAUACAGCAUUUGUCCUUUUAUGUCUGGCUUAUUUCAUGUUACAGACUUUUUAAAUAAGUAAUUCUCAUUUGCUAUCCUUUAUACUUAAUAUUUUUAUUCCUUUCACUGGGUUACCAGCCCUUUAAAUGUGAUAAUCUGAGGGAUUUAAAAUUUGUGUUGCAUGGCCCCUAGAGUUCAAGCGUUCAAAAGCACUUUGAUAUUGGAUAUUUCACAACCAUUAGUAUUAAUUCAUCUGUCAAAAAGCCAAAACUGACUAGGUUCAGUCACUUGCCAAGAAUAUCAGUUACUGCUGCAUAACAAAUGAGCCCUGAUCUUAUUGGCUUAAAAUAACAGUAGUUUAUUAUUGAUCAGGGUUCCAUGGGGUGCCUGGGCUUGUUUCCCCAGGCUCCUUCUUGUGGCUACACAGAGCUAGAGGGUCUGCUGGACUGGACACUGGAAAUGGCCUCCCUCCAUGCCUGGCAGUGCCUCCAUCCCUUGCAUGUGGCCCUUCAUACAGCUUCCUUCUCUGGCAGUCUCAGGGCCCCUGUCCAUGAGGGUGAGGGCGUCCAAACCCCCACAGCGAGCUUCUGCCACUCUCUAUUGGCUACGGCAAGUGACCAAUGUGGGCUGGAGACCAGUCCAGAUUCAAGACCACAUGGCAAAGGGGCCUGCAUACCUUAUGGGAGGAUCUGUGGUCAUUAAACAGUCUACACUUUAAGGCCCUUUAAUGGUUGAGAAUGGGAACCGUCAAUCGAAUCGAAAUUCAAGCCCACUGGCAAGGAGCCAAGCCUAUCCACAGUCUGUAGUCAGCCACAGUUCAAGGUCUUUUGUUGCGCUGGAACUUGUUCCAUAUCCUUUGAGGUACAGAGAUUUUAGUUGAGAGAAUUACACUGACUCAGGGUACACAUGACUCUGGGUACAGUUUCACGGGAAUGUGGGUGUUCUCUGUCAUGCCAACCCCCAGUGGCCUGAAGGAGGCCGGGCUUCGGCAUCUGAUCGCUUGAGACUGAGGCCAUUGGUGUGUCGGGGUCCCUGCAGCCUCAACUCCUGUCCCUCUGCACGGCGGGGACCAACCGCAUGGUCCUGUAGGAACAUGCAUGCUGGGUGGACAGUGACCGCAACGGUUUGGGGGCUUGAGUUGUCUGAAAGGCCUGUGGAAGGGAGGGCCAGUUUCUCUGCGCCCUCUCGCCCCGUUGAGGAGAGGACGCCCGGUGGAGACCAAGUUCAUUCGCCCGGCAACCCGGAGCGCGCAAGCCCCGGAGGCGGGCUGCCGGCGGAGGGACGUGGGCAGAGACCAAUCAGCGAGCGGGGGCGGGGGGCGUGGCUUCCCGCGUAACCCUUUCCCGCCCGAGCGGCUCUGCACGCGGAGGCGCCGGCGCUGUCUUGCUGCGGCCGGUCCCCAUGUACCCGCAAGUCCCCAGUACCACUACAUCGCCCUGUGGGGCGGGAUGGGCAGAGCGGGGAGGACUGCACAGGAGGAGCAGGGGUUGGCUUGUCCGGGGGCCGGAGGAGGAUGACGCUGGAGGACAGACGUGGCCGGACCAGAAGCCAAGGAGCCCUCAGUGACCACGGAUUCUCUGGACACCUCCACAGCCCUGUCCCCACUCAGCUGAGGCAGAGCCAGCACCAGCUCAGACACAAGGACGGAGCCCUUGAACUGCUGGGUUCCUUCCAGGGAGGUGGAGGAGAAAUCCAUCUGCUGGGGCCUGAGCGUGGCCUGGGGGCCAGGCCAUCGGUCCCAGAAUGCCCCUGCCCGAGCCCAGUGAGCAGGAGGGCGAGAGCGUGAAGGCCGGCCAGGAGCCCUCCCCUGAGUCCCCUGAGCCGGGCACAGAUGUCGUCCCUGCAGCCCCCACGAAGCCCACGGAGUUCUCCGAACUGGUCCUACUGACAGCCUCCACUGAGAAUGGGAAUGGAGUGGACUCCCAGCCCAAAGCAGUGCACUGUGUCCUGUCCUUGGAAAUGUCUGGCCCUGACACCCUGGCUGGGACCCCCCAGAUCCUGCCAGUAGAGGAACAGCAGGGGGCAGUCCAACCAAGCCCCCAGGCCCAGGAACUGAAACACAGCAAGCCAGACACAGCAGCCCCCCAGCCCCUGGAGUUCCUGAGGACCCCAUUUGGGGGCCGCCUGCUGGUGCUGGAGUCCUUCCUGUACAAGCAGGAGAAGGCUGUGGGGGACAAGGUAUACUGGAAGUGCCGCGAGCACACCGAGCUGGGCUGCCGGGGCCGGGCCAUCACCCGUGGCCUAAGGGCCACGGUGAUGCGGGGCCACUGCCACCCGCCCGAUGAGGAGGGCCUGGAGGCCCGGCGCCAGAGACAGAAGCUGCCCAGCCCAGCCCUGCCCGAAGGCUUGGGGGAUCCCCAGGGCCCCGGCGGCCGAGUGGAGGAGCCCCUGGAGAGGGUGGGCCCGUGGCUGUGCCCCGAGGAGCCGGAGCCGGCCCCGGGGCCAGUGCUGAGCAAGCCAGCUCCCGAGGAGGAUGAGGGGCUCCGAGCCCUGUCGCUGCUGAGCUUGCCUCCCAAGAAACGCCCGACGCUGGGGACCGGAGGGCCCCCGCCCCUGGAGUUCCUGAGAACCUGCUACGGGGGCAGCUUCCUGGUGCACGAGUCCUUCCUCUACAAGCGGGAGAAGGCUGUGGGGGACAAGGUGUACUGGACGUGCCGGGACCACACGCUGCAUGGCUGCCGCAGCCGGGCCAUCACACAGGGCCAGCGGGUGACUGUCAUGCGUGGCCACUGCCACCCGCCUGACGUGGAGGGUCUGGAGGCCCGGCGGCAGCAGGAGAAGGCCAUGGAGUUGCUGCGGGCCAGGCCGGGCGGCCCCGGGGGCCAAGUGGACAAGCUGCUCCAAGGCGUGGACAGCCUGUUCUACCGCAGGGGGCCGGGCCCCCUGACUCUCACCAGGCCCCGGCCCAGAAAGCGGUCAAAGACCAAAGAUCAGGACCUCCUGGCCCAGCCGCAAGGCGAGGAGGACCAGGACGAGGACCUGGGAGGCCCUGAGUUCCUGAGGACCCCUCUGGGGGGCAGCUUCCUGGUGUACGAGUCCUUCCUCUACAGGCGGGAGAAGGCGGCCGGGGAGAAGGUGUACUGGACGUGCCGGGACCAGGCCCGCAUGGGCUGCCGCAGCCGAGCCAUCACCCAAGGCAAGCGGGUGACAGUGAUGCGAGGCCACUGCCACCCGCCCGACCUGGGGGGCUUGGAGGCCCUGCGGCAGCGAGAGAAACGCCCUGGCACGGCUCAGCGAGGGAGCUCUGGAGGCCCUGAGUUCCUGAGGACCCCUCUGGGGGGCAGCUUCCUGGUGUACGAGUCCUUCCUCUACAGGCGGGAGAAGGCGGCCGGGGAGAAGGUGUACUGGACGUGCCGGGACCAGGCCCGCAUGCGCUGCCGCAGCCGAGCCAUCACCCAGGGCCAGCGGGUCAUGGUGAUGCGCAGACACUGCCAUCCGCCCGACCUGGGGGGCCUGGAGGCCCUGAGGCAGCGGGAGCAGCUCCCCAGCCCAGCCCAGAGGGAAGGCUCAGAAACCCUCCAGCCCCUGGAGUUCCUGAGGACCUCUCUCGGGGGCAGGUUCCUGGUGUACGAGUCCUUCCUCUACAGGAAGGAGAAGGCGGCCGGGGAGAAGGUAUACUGGAUGUGCCGGGACCAGGCCCGCUUGGGCUGCCGCAGCCGGGCCAUCACCCAGGGCCAGCGGGUGACCGUCAUGCGCAGCCACUGCCACCUGCCUGACCUGGCGGGCCUGGAGGCCCUGAGGCAGCGGGAGCGGCUCCCCAGCACAGCCCAGCAGGAAGACCCAGAAAAGACAAAACUUCUGCCUGAAGUUCAACUGUGCUUCGAGACUUGUGCUCCUGAAAGCCAACAGAGCUAUGGGAAGGUGGAAGAUACACAUCUGGACAGUGAGUCCCAAUGAGGCCAGCCUCCUCCCGGACUCAGCAGAGGAACCUCACGUGUCACCUGCGUCAAGGAUGCUCCAGGUCCACACAGAACCCCGGCAUUUCCCACCACGUUAGAUUUUGCUCGACAAAACCUCUUUCACUCUUCCAAAGCAUCCACGGCCUUCACAUUUCGUCAAGAGGCCUCCCAGGAGGAACACUUCGAUGGUGUCUCCCUGCCGACAAAGAAGAGCCCCAGGAGCUGGUGGCCCGCAGCUGUGUGUGACGUGGAGUGACGUGGGGAGGGCCACGGCCACCAAAAGCUCUGAGGAAGGAAGCAUCGUUCACAAAGACACCUGCCCCUGCCCUGGUGCAAAUACCCAUCUGUUUUCAGAGCCCACAGCUUUGCCAAGGGCUUUCCUGUUGGGUGUGGUCCUGCUUCAGCUCCACAACGUGGAAAAUCAUCGUGGAGGCCACUUCAAGACGAAGGUGGGGCACGUUUGGGGAAGUUCCUGCUUCCUCAGGCUGAGCUGCCCCUGCGGUUCCAGCCGCCCCAGGUGUUUUCCGGGCAGGUGCCAGGUGGGCCUUCAUGCUCCUUGGCCAUCUGCUGCCGGGGUGUGGCUGUCCCAUUAACAGAGCAGGCCGAAACCAGAGGCCUUGCUACACCCUCUGUUAGAGUUCCCUUUGCUGUUUUCCAACUUAAAUUAAACCCAGUGUCCACAGUCCCCAGGGCAGGUGUUGUUCAGGCCCUGGAAGCCAGCCUGACGGCUGCAGGAAGCCAGCACUGGGCAAACUCCACCGGGGUCGCCCACGUUCGCCUGAUGCAGGAGGAGAGGCAGACCCCGAUGACAGCAGGUGCAACCCCUUCUCCUGUCUGAUGGCACGGCAGGGAGACAGCCUGCAGGGAGCAGUGAGCCCAUGUUCCCCACGAACUCCAGAGGCUGCUGCUUGCUAACAGGGCCGCAUCCUCCCCAGCGGGCUCCUUGAAUUGCAGGGGGAGCACAGGGUGCAGGCUUCCUCCCACCAAGCUGGCCAUGCAGCCUGCCGUCCAGCCAUGGGACAGUGACAGCUCAGACACCCCCCACUGUCCUUCUGUCUAUACAUUUCCUGCAAUAAA